CGGUUACUUCACUAGAGGUCAUUGACCUCAGAAUGGCUAGUUCUUUAUAGAUACCAUGUAGUGUUAAAACUAAAUUAAUCAAUAAGUACCUCGUAUUGUGCCUUCGCAGGUCCACAGUGACCGUUGGGGUCGUGGAAGACUGGGGUGUCCAUCCAUUUUUAUUUUUAUCAAAAGUUUCAGCUGAUAUGAAUGACACUUUUUUGGCUGAUUGAAACUCUUUGCUAAAAUUUAACGACCUUCUAGUGGCCUUACUGAGAGUAGCCAAAGAUCGCAAGUCAACCUUACGCAUCUCAGCUAGGUCAUUCUUAUCAAAGUUUCUUACUGCCUCUUCAAGACUCUCUGAACACAAGGUUGCGUCAUAUAAUGACGUAGCAUUCUCUUUUCUCUUUACAUGACUGUUUUUACUACUGUUUUGCUUCCUCUGCUUGAAUAUGCACGAAUAACGAGCUGCUAGCUGGUUAACAUUAACUAAAAUCUGCAAACGUAUCGAAAGGUUAGGAAGGUGACAAUGUUUUCGAACACCGUACUCAAAAUUCGAGUUAAAUAUCACUAAAACAAGAAUAAUUACCUGAUUUUGGGUGUUUAAAGAAUUCAAUGAGAACAUGUUACAUGUAGAUAAACUGUAUUGUUUCCUUUUUCUGGAAGUGCACUCGAAAAUUUUGUAGGCUCUUCUUAUCUUACGUCAAACUUAAUUUUCGUAGUAAAAAAAUGGCGACAUAAAUAGCUUCUAGGUUUACUAUGGUCUGACAAAUGAAGUGCAUAUUAUUUAGCUGCAUAGUAGUCACGUACGCAAUAAACAUGCCUUUUUAAAAUUAUUUAUUACAUUAAAGUAGUUAAUACAUCAUUAUUAUCAUAUUUUUUGAGUGUCUACAUGUUAAAUUCUAUAUUGAGAUUAAAAAGAUGCUAUUUAAACUUUUUUUACAAAACAUUUGUUUUAAAAUAAGUUCAUGAUUUUGAACGAUCUUUAGUUUGAUGUUCUAGGUUGUCUAUGCUUUAUUUGGACAGUGAAAUCCAAAAUGGCGACGAGCGAUGACGAGCCUAUGCAUUUAUAUGAAGUUUUUCAAAACUGUUUCAAUAAAAUAGCGAACAAACAACAAGUCACAGAAAAGGCGGGGUACCAGUCGCCAUAUGGAGGCAUGGACAAUGGAAUGUACGGAGUGGCGGCGACGUCGUGUGCCGCCUCGAACGGCCACCACCAGGCUGACAGGCGGCACCAUCACCACACGCACCACCAGCACGCAGACGUCCCACCACAAUGGUAUGGCAGCGACGAGUUCGGCCACGACUCCCCAAGUCGGUACGCGUCACCUAAAGGCGCGGGCGCCGGCGCGCCGUACCAGGAGCCCUACUACGGCGGCGGCGGCGAGUGGGCCGCCAACUACUACCAGCCCCCGCCGCCCUACCAGCACGACCCCUACGCUACGUCGCCAGGCGUAGCGGCGGCGGCGGCGGGCGGCGGCGCCGAGGCGGGCGGCGCGGAGCUCCCCCUGCCCCCCAUGUCCUCGUUCCGGGCCGCCGCGCCGCUGCACUCCCCCACCGACCCCAUGCUGCUGGGGAAACCGACGCUGCAGCCGAUGUACGCCGGCGUGAGCAACGUGAGCGUCCCGGGCGUGAACGUGAGCAGUAUAGGGUCGGGGGUGGUGAUGCCCGCGGGGGUAGUCGCGGGGGUAGGCGCCGGGGUAGGCGCCGGGGUAGGCGCCGGGGUAGGCGCCGGGGUAGGCGGAGGGGUAGAGGCGUCGCUGUCGUCGUACGGGUCGUCGCCCUCCACCCCGGUGCACUCCCCGCCCCCGCUGCAUCACGCGAGGCUGUACCCUCCGCUCAAGCACUCGCCUCAUCACAACGUGCAGGCCGCGUGGGCGGGCAGCGGCGUGGUGUCUCCGGCCGCCACCAACGGGCACCACGCGCCGCCCUACCACCCCCCGCAGAUGGGCGCGCCCGCGGAGCAGAGGCAGCUCGACGAGGCGAUGGUGUUCCUCAGGGAACAUUCCGAUGUCGGCGGUGCUCGUAUGGAAGAAAGGUUAGAUGACGCGAUAAAUGUUUUACGGAAUCACGCGGAAGCUGCAGAUCUGUACCCACAAGAGCAUUUGCCGCACCAACCCCAGCCUGGGGGUCGCCUAGCGCCGCACCUUCAUCCAGAUUCAGCCGUCAAAUUGGAAAGACAUCCGCUAUCCACCUCAAAGAAACGCAAAGAACCGCCCGACUCAGGUCUGGACUCGAAGCCUUCGUCCUCCGGAUCGGCCGACGCUCUAGCCGCUAAACCACCCGGCUCCAAGCGAUCCAGACGGUAUAAGCACCCGUGUAACGCUCUACACGACAGCUGCUCCUCCGCCGACGAGGACGACCUCGACCCCGACACCAAGGCGGCGCGCGAGAGAGAGCGCCGGCAGGCCAACAACGUGCGGGAGAGGAUAAGAAUAAGGGACAUAAACGAGGCACUCAAAGAGUUGGGCAGGAUGUGUAUGACGCACCUGAAGAGCGACAAGCCGCAGACGAAGCUCGGCAUACUCAACAUGGCCGUGGAGGUCAUCAUGACGCUGGAGCAGCAAGUCAGAGAACGAAACCUCAAUCCUAAGGCGGCGUGUCUGAAGAGACGCGAAGAGGAGAAGGCAGAGGAAGCGCCCAAGCUGCUGGCGCCCCUGCAGCACUACCCGCCCAUGCCCGGUAUGGGACAAUUACCGGGCCAACCGCCCACAGGUGGGCCGCCGCAAUAGCGACUGGCCUCAAACUCUACGCACAAUACCCUACAAAACGCCCACAAUCCCCACAAUGCCCACGCUGGCAACACAGGCCAUAUUAUGACCCACACGAGCAGGCAGCCUCGCUAGCUGCAGCAUUUAAAACGCCCUGACGACCAACACGACAUAUAUUUAUGUAUUAAAUAAUAUAUUUUUGCGGUUAAAAUGUGCUACGAAAUCGAUGGCGUUAAAUUAAUAAAAUUGAAAAUUUAUUUAUUUAUUAAAGUUAUUUUGUGAAUCAUUUUCAGUAGAAUUAAUUACGCGAUUUUUUUUUCUUUAUAAAGAAUUUGGAAUUAAAAUUGCGUUUUGUUUAAAAAUGUUUAAAAAAUAGUAAUUUUGUCAGAGUAAAUAUAGUUUGAAUAAAGCCUCUAUGUUGAAAUGAAAUUGUAUAUGCAAAGUUGUCAAUAACUUUAUAUUGAUGCAAAAUCCAGUGAAUUAUGUAUAUUUGAUAGUAUCAAUUUAAUUUGUAUCUUUAAUAUUUGCCGCCAUUGAUUUUGUAUAAUCAUAGCCCAGUAAUUUAUGGUUGUCCAGUUUUUUUUUAUAAUUUUUAACGUUUUAAACACUCUGGUAGUGAAUUUGUAUACUGUUUUGUGUUAGUGUGAUGAUAUUUUCAAUCUUAAUUUUUAACACAUUUUUUUUCAAUUUAAAUUUAUUUUUAAAUACACUUUGUAACAAAAUAUCAUUAAGUGCCUAAUAAGGUUUUCAUAAUAAAUGAAAAAGGAAAUUGAUUUGUUUCUUUAUAUAUAAAAAAAAAUUGUUAAUAUUUAUACCAUCACACUUCUACGACAUGUAUUUUGUUCAAAGAAAAAUGUAACUUGAAAAUAGCAUAUUUGCGGAGAUUUUUAUUAUAUUUACAUAUUUAUUAACUCUUCAGUAUUUUUAGUGAUUUCUAUUUUAUUUUUUUUACUUUAUAAAAAAUCUUUUAAGUUGCGUUUUUCUUUAGCAUAGUAUUUUUUUUAUAUUAGAAAAAAAAUAGAAUAUUAAUUACACGCUAUUAUAAUAAUAAUGUGAAACAUACCAAAAUGAAAAAGGUUGUUGGGGUGUUAAUAAAUUUACAAAAAAUGUAAAUUAAACCAGUGGUUAUAACAAAUGUACAAUUUAAUACAAUUUUUAAAAGCCUUUUUUGUGAUUUUGAUAAUAACAUGAAAUAAUAUGACAGGCUCGCUCGCUAUAACAAAACAUGUUUUCUAUAGGGGAACUUUGAAAAAUCGCUAAGUUUUUAUUAAAAUCGCAAAAACUGGUUUUACAAUUAUUUUUAAUUUUACUAAAACGAAUUGUUAUUAUUUUUACAUAUCAACGACUUUUGUUUUUUAAAUGAAAGCGUAGUUUUUUUUUUUAAUUUUUUUUUUGAAAUCCCAAAGAAACACGUGCGUAGUGACUGUUAUAAUUGGACUUUAGUGUUAAGUGUGUAUAUUACUAGCCUUUAAACUAUAUAGUUUUAUAAUUAGGGAUAGAUAUACAGACAAACGAAAACGCCCCAAGGAAAGAGAGGAAAGUUAACAUUGACAUGCUUUGUUUCCUUCUAAUCGCCUAUGAGAGACAGAGAGGGAUAUAUGUUGAAAGGGAGGGGAUCAUGUCUCGACCCACAGACUUUAGCGACAUGAGGGCGAGGCGAAUCCUGAAUUUUGUAAAAUAUUAGUAUUAGACCCUACAAUCUAUGUAUAGGUAUAUUAAUAGUUCGAACUAUUGAGAAAAGAUAUUUUAAUUACGAUUUUAAAAUUAUUUCUGUAUUUCUUAUUUUUUUGGCUGCCAUAAGAGCGUAGUUUAUAAGUCGGUUCCGAGUCCAUUUUCGGGGGUUGAGGUAGCUAGUUUUUAUUUUUGGGAAAAAAGCAAAAUAUGUAUCUUUAUAUAAUAAUACAUUUUAAAUAUAUGUUGCCAAAUCUUUGCCUCCCUGCUAUACCGCUUGUGACGCAGAAUAGAUAGAAAAUUGAUUUUCGUUUUGUGUUUGACAGUAAGCUUGACAAUAAUUAGAUACCUCAACAAUGGAUUUCGAAUCGUUACAAAUAAUUUUAACAUUAAAAUGAUGAGUAUGUGAUUAAAUGUGAAUGGGAGAUUGUAUGAAAAUCGCUCUUUAAUAAUAUAAAGAAAAUUAAUGUAUGUAUGUGCGGACGCUCGCGUGUUUUGUUUGUGGGACGGUUCCGAAAAAUAUAUACAAAGAAAUGUACGUUAACAAAAAAUAUUGUAACAAAAAUUUUUUUGUAACAAAGUAAAUUAAACAAAAAAAAGUUGUAACAACUAUUUUUUUUGUUACAAUAAAAGUAGAUUAUGAAAAUUUUACAUUAUUUGCGCUUUCCCCAGCUUCAGGUAUGAUUUCGGAACGAAUCACAAAUAAAACGGCUAUGUGACCAGUUUUAUUAUUAAUGGUUUGUUUGUAAAGAUGGCUGCUGCUGUUUCAACAAUGUACUUAAGUGGUGAUUUAAGUUUUUUUAAUUUCUAUUGAAAUUAAAUUGCCGCUCGUUCGUUUCACUUAAAAAAACUCCAGUGAAAAAUCGUUGACAUUGCUUUUUGUUUUAUUGACAAAAGAAAUAUACUUAUUUUAUACUUAACGGAUCCGGGAGAUCCAUAAAACUAUACUUUUUUUGGUAUUUAUGUAUGAUUUUCUCUGUGCGUCAGUUUUUGAUGAAUUUUUUUUCAUGGCCAAUCAACCUGUUGGAUCUUGAUUCAUUUCUAUUUUUACAUUGACAUUUUUCUAUAUUGGGAUUUGUAUAUAUUUAUAUUGAAUCAGCAUCAUGCAAAUGUAUGCAUGUCUUAGUUUUAAAUAUACACAUAAAAUUUGCAUGUUGGGGAAUCGACGUAAAAUAAAUAAUAUAAUUUGUCAUGAACUGGCAACUUCUGUCAGCUUUCAGGGCUAACAGAGGCAUUUUUUUAAAUUGAUAUAAUAAAUACAGAUUUUUUUUUUUGCAUCGUCCUGUUAUAUAAAUGUAUAUAAAAUCGAUUUGAAGCUCAAUUGAUUAUUUAAAAGAAAAUUGCUAUUAAUUAUUACGUCAUCACUAGUGUUUGCUUUGUGACGUCACCAAUCGAUAUUCUGAACAAGUUGGAGCCCCUAACACGACUCUAUCGCCGUCUCUCUCUGACCAAUGAGUAAGAGAGAGAUGGCGACAGUACCGCCGUUGAAAAUUGACGUUUUAGUUUAGUCGGUAUUAACGAAAUUGAGAUAUACACAUUCAUAAUAUUUGACUUUGAUUUUGACUUUUAAAAUUAGUUUAAAACAAAAUUAACUACUUUACGUACUUACAGUAACCAGUUACGACACAGUACGUUUUUGUUAGUUUGAGAGACACAUCGGCCCGACACGCGAUGUGAAAACGUAAUUUAGUUUCGAUUUAACACUGUAUUAUAUAGAGAUUAAGGUUGAUUUUCGUCUGUAACGAUCGAUGAACCAAUGGCAGAUUUGACCGGGUACUCCUAUCAAAUAAUGUUUAGCGUUCAAACCCGCGUAUGUUAUGUGGACAUUCACAAUUGCAAACGGAAUAAAUAACGCAUAAUAAAUAGAUAAAUAAAAGAUAUUUAUAUUAACAAUAAAAAUAAACUCUUGUUUGUAAUUUAAAUUCGUAAGAAUAUAUACAAAAAUGCUGUUUUUAAGAGGGUUUUUUUACAAUAAUGUUCGCAUAAUAUACGAGAAUUUGUGAAUUGACACCGAAUGUCGUCUGUGUCGGGCGCAGACGACUAAUUACCUUAUGCACCACGACGUAAAGUCCAAAUUCAAGAAAAGAAAAAGUUCAAAAUAUUUUUUUAGUAUUCUAUUAUUGUAUGAAUAGUUUGUAAGCGUCACUUUAAUCAUUAAUUUGAGCCCAUUUAGUUUAGCUUAGAUGGCCUUCUCUUCCAUUUAGCGGUAAAAACUAAGUUUCGAUUUUUUUUAAGUGAUUUUUAUUAUUUCUUAUUGAUUAAUUAAUUAUUAUUUUUUUCUACUUUUGUUGUCUGUACGUACUAUGUUAGGAUGCCAUUUUUUUUUAAAUUAGUAAUCUGUACUCUUAAAUCUGUAAUUUAUUAUGAAUUAUGCUCACAUUGUAAGGCACUGGAGAUUUUGACACGUCCCGGCGAUUGUGUAAAUGAGGCUUCUUUUUAUUUUUAUAAUAUUUUUUUUUGUUAUAAUUAUCUCCCACAGACAGACAGACAGUAUCAAAGAUUUAUAUGUUACUACUAUGUGCCCUUCUACAUUUGAAAUGCAUAGAUUAAAAAUGAUGAUUAUAAUUACAAGAAAGGUCUUAUUAUAAAAAUGAAUAAUAUUAAUUAAAUGUGCCAUUCAUUUUGCUAAUUUUGUGUUUUAUUUUUAUCACCCCGAAUAAUUUUUAUUGGAAUUAU